AUGCAGGCGGUUUCGAGGCGAUUAGGGCAACGUUACCUGAAGCCCGCUGCUUCCGUCUCCUCUCUCAAAUCUGUCUACCCGCUCUCCGAUCACUAUUAUGGAGUUGAACAUCCGCGCUACAUAUCAACUAUAACCCCGAAGGGUGUAGGCCACCUUGUCCGGAAGGGUACCGGCGGGAGAUCGUCGGUCAGUGGGCUCAUUGCUGUAGUCUUUGGAGCUACAGGUUUUCUAGGUCGUUAUGUUGUGCAGCAACUUGCUAAAAUGGGAUCGCAGGUUUUAGUUCCAUUUCGUGGUGGUGAAGAUGCCCAUCGCCACCUAAAGUUGAUGGGCGAUUUGGGUCAGGUUGUACCAAUGCAUUUCAACCCAAGAGAUGAAGAUUCCGUGAAGGCUGUGAUGGCGAAGGCUAAUGUUGUUAUCAAUCUUAUGGGAAGGGACUAUGAAACAAGGAACUACAGCUUUGAGGAAGUUAACCAUGGCAUGGCUGAAAAAUUUGCCACGAUCGCGAAAGAGCAUGGAGGUAUCAUGAGAUUUAUUCAGGUUUCUUGUCUGGGAGCUUCGCCAUCAUCUCCAUCAAGAUAUCUGAAAGCUAAGGCAGCUGCAGAGCAGUCUGUUCUAAGAGAAAUACCCGAGGCCACAGUUUUGAGACCUGCUACAAUGAUUGGUACAGAAGAUCGUAUGUUGAACACAUGGGCACACUUCGCGAAGAAGUAUUCAUUUGUUCCUCUCUUUGGAGAUGGAUCAACCAAGUUCCAACCUGUAUAUGUUGUUGAUGUUGCGGCUGCAGUUGUUGCUGCUUUGAAAGAUGAUGGGACCAGUAUGGGAAAAAUCUAUGAGCUUGGUGGACCAGAAAUCUUUACAAUGCAUGAACUGGCAGAGGUCAUGUUUGAGACAAUCCGUGAAUGGCCUCGCUAUGUCAAAAUUCCACUUCCUGUUGCCAAGGCAGCUGCUAUGCCAAGAGAAAUCCUACUUAACAAGGUUCCGUUUCCUUUACCUACUCCAAGUAUCUUCAACCUGGAUAAGAUAAAUGCAAUUUCAACAGAUACCCUCGUCUCAGAAAAUGCUUUAACCUUCCUUGAUCUUGGGAUUGAGCCACACAAACUGAGAGGAUACCCUAUCGAGUUCCUCUUAUCCUACCGGAAGGGCGGCCCACAAUUGGGCUCUACAGUCAGCGAGGGAGUAUCACCAGACUCUUUGCCGUAA